ACUGUCUGAUGACUUUUACAAUCUUUCUUCCACAUCUUAUGAAUCAGGGUGAAGAUCCGAACAAUAUUAAUGCUCCAGAGACAGAUGUGAGCAGUGAUGAGCAGUAUAAGGAGGACAUUCCUACAGGAAAAGAUCUGAUUUAUAAAAAUAUUACAGACAUAAAGGAAGAAGAAGAGACAGAUGUGAGCGGUGAUGAGCAGUAUAAGGAGGACAUUCCAACAGGAAAAGAUCUGAACAAUAUUAAAGCUACAGACAUAAGGGAAGAAGAAGAAGAGACAGAUGUGAGCGGUGAUGAACAGUAUAAGGAGGACAUUCCUACAGGUAACCACCCAGAUUCUUGUACCAGGAGAUCAGAGGAGAAUCUUAUAUCUUCAGAUUAUAAAGCAGAUGAUGAUAUCACACAAGAUACAUAUGAAGAACAUUCCAUUAUCCCAGAUACACCCUCAGCCCUUCACAGCCAAGAUCUGUCAUCUCAUCCUUAUAUACAGGUCCUGUCUUCUCACUCAUCACAGGAUGUUAAGGAAAAAAGUUACAGAAGGGGUGCUGGACAUCAACGAGCUCAUACAGGAAAGAAACCAUAUUCAUGCUCAGAAUGUGGGAAAUGUUUAAUUAAGAAGUCAAGUCUUGUUGAACAUCAGAAAAUUCACACAGGAGAGAAACCAUUUUUAUGUCCAAAAUGUGGUAAAUGUUUUAUUCAGAAAUCAGCUCUUGUUCAACAUCAAAGAACUCACACAGGGGAGAAGCCAUUUUCAUGUUCACAAUGUGGGAAAUGUUUUACUGCCAAAUCAAAUCUUCUUAAACAUCAGAGAAUUCACACAGGAGAGAAGCCAUUUUCAUGUUCAGAAUGUGGAAAAUGUUUUACUGAAAAAUCACAUCUUGUUAAACAUCAAAGAACUCACACAGGGGAGAAGCCAUUUUCAUGCUUAGAAUGUGGGAAAUGUUUUACUUUUAAAUCACAUCUUCUUGUACAUCAAAGAAAUCACACAGGAGAGAAGCCAUUUUCAUGUUCAGAAUGUGGUAAAUAUUAUACUGAAAAAUCAAAUCUUGUUAAACAUCAAAGAACACACACAGGGGAGAAGCCAUUUUCAUGUUCAGAAUGUGGGAAAUGUUUUACUGAAAAAUCAGGUCUUGUUCAACAUCAAAGAACUCACACAGGGGAGAAGCCAUUUUCAUGUUCACAAUGUGGGAACUGCUUUACUAAGAAAUCAAAUAUUGUUAAACAUCAAAGAACUCACACAGGGGAGAAGCCAUUUUCAUGCUCAGAAUGUGGGAAAUGUUUUACUUUCAAAGGAGAUGUUACUCGACAUAAAAAAACUCACACAGGAGAGAAGCCAUUUUCAUGUUCAGAAUGUGGAAAAUCUUUUACUGUAAAAUCACAUCUUGUUAAACAUCAAAGAACUCACACAGGGGAGAGGCCAUUUUCAUGCUUAGAAUGUGGGAAAUGUUUUACUUUUAAAUCAAAUCUUCUUGUACAUCAAAGACAUCACACAGGAGAGAAGCCAUUUUCAUGUUCAGAAUGUGGUAAAUAUUAUACUGAAAAAUCAAAUCUUGUUAAACAUCAAAGAACACACACAGGGGAGAAGCCAUUUUCAUGUUCAGAAUGUGGGAAAUGUUUUACUGAAAAAUCAGGUCUUGUUAAACAUCAAAGAACACACACAGGGGAGAAGCCAUUUUCAUGUUCAGAAUGUGGGAAAUGUUUUACUGAAAAAUCAGGUCUUGUUCAACAUCAAAGAACUCACACAGGGGAGAAGCCAUUUUCAUGUUCACAAUGUGGGAACUGCUUUACUAAGAAAUCAAAUAUUGUUAAACAUCAAAGAACUCACACAGGGGAGAAGCCAUUUUCAUGCUCAGAAUGUGGGAAAUGUUUUACUUUCAAAGGAGAUGUUACUCGACAUAAAAAAACUCACACAGGAGAGAAGCUAUUUUCAUGCUCAGAAUGUGGGAAAUGUUUUACUGAGAAAUCAAAUCUUGUUAGACAUCAAAGAACUCACACAGGGGAGAAUCCAUUUUCAUGUGCAGAAUGUGGGAAAUGUUUUACUCAGCAAUCAAAUCUUGUUAAACAUCAAAGAACUCACACAGGGGAGAAGCCAUUUUCAUGUGCAGAAUGUGGGAAAUGUUUUACUCAGCAAUCAAAUCUUGUUAAACAUCAAAGAACUCACACAGAGGAGAAGCCACCUGGCAUAGCUGACUGCAUGAUUGGAGCACUGAUCGGACUGCAGGGAGGAAGAGGAUCUGCCCCCACAAGCAUUCACCUCAUCAUCCGAGAGCAAGAAGAUAAAUCAUGUGCAGGAAUAUCCCCUCAAAUGUCUCCAUAUAACAUCCUGGAAUUGUAUAGAAUUAAAUGUUUAUUCACAAUACAGGUUCCUAUAAGGUGUCAGGACGUGGCGGUCUAUUUCUCCAUGGAGGAGUGGGAGUAUGUAGAAGGACACAAGGAUCAGUACAAGGAUCAGGUCAUGAUGGAGGAUCAGCAGCCCCUCACAUCACCAGUCAGAUCCAGUAAGAGAACAGCACCAGAGAGGUGUCCCUGUCCUCUUGAUGAACAGAAUAUGAAGGACAUUACUACAGGGAAAGAUCUGAUCUAUAUUAAGGCUACAGACAUAAAGGAAGAAGAGACAGAUGUGAGCGGUGAUGAGCAGUAUAAGGAGGACAUUCCUACAGGGAAAGAUCUCUUUUAUAUUAAUGCUACAGACAUAAAGGAAGUAGAAGAAGAGACAGAUGUGAGCGGUGAUGAGCAGUAUAAGGAGGACAUUACUACAGGGAAAGAUCUCAUCUAUAUUAAUGCUACAGACAUAAAGGAAGAAGAGACAGAUGUGAGCGGUGAUGAGCAGUAUAAGGAGGACAUUCCUACAGGGAAAGAUCUCUUUUAUAUUAAUGCUACAGACAUAAAGGAAGUAGAAGAAGAGACAGAUGUGAGCGGUGAUGACCAGUAUAAGGAGGUCAUUUCUACAGGAAAAGAUCUGAUCUAUAUUAAUACUAUAGACAUAAAGGAAGAACAAGAGACAUAUGUGAGCGGUGAUGAGCAGUAUAAGGAGAACAUUCCUACUGAGAAAGAUCUGAUCUAUAUUAAUGCUACAGACAUAAAGGAAGAAGAACAAGAGACAGAUGUACGUAGUGAUGAGCAGUAUAAGGAGGACAUUCCUACAGGGAAAGAUGUGAUCUAUAAUAAUGCUACAUACAUAAAAGAAGAAGAAGAAGAGACAGAUGUGAGCGGUAAUGAGCAGUAUAAGGUGGACAUUCCUACAGGGAAAGAUCUGAUCUAUAAUAAUGCUACAGACAUAAAGGAAGAAGAGACAGAUGUGAGCAUUGAUGAGCAGUAUAAGGAGGACAUUUCUACAGAAAAAGGUCUGAUCUAUAUUAAUGCUCCAGACAUAAUAGUAAAAGCAGAAGAGACAGAUGUGAGCGGUGAUGAGCAGUUUAAGGACAUUUCUACAGGUAACCACCCAGAUUCUUGUAGCAGGAGAUCAGAGGAGAAUCUUAUAUCUUCAGAUUAUAAAGCAGAUGAUGAUAUCACACAAGAUACAUAUGAAGAACAUUCCAUUAUCCCAGAUACACCCUCAGCCCUUCACAGCCAAGAUCUGUCAUCUCAUCCUUAUAUACAGGUCCUGUCUUCUCAGUCAUCACAGGAUGUUCAGCAAAAUAAAGGUCACAGAAGGGGUGUUGGACAUCAGAAAGAUUGUGCAAAGGAAAGGCCAUAUUCAUGUUCAGAAUGUGGAAAGUGUUUUACCAAGAAAUCAAAUCUUGUGAGACAUAAGAGAAGCUACAAAGGAGAGAAGCCGUUUUCAUGUCCACAAUGUGAGAAAUGUUUUACUGGGAAACAAGGUCUUGUUCGCCAUCAAAGAACUCAUACAGGAGAGAAGCCAUUUCCAUGUUCAGAAUGUGGGAAAUGUUUUACUCAGAAAUCAUACCUUGUUGUACAUCAAAGAACUCACACAGGAGAGAAGCCAUUUUCAUGUUCAGAAUGUGGGAAAUGUUUUACUUAUAAAUUAGACCUUGUUGUACAUCAAAGAAAUCACACAGGAGAGAAGCCAUUUUCAUGUUCAGAAUGUGGAAAAUGUUUUGCUUUUAAAUCAUGUCUUGUUGUACAUGAAAGAACUCACACAGGAGAGAAGCCAUUUUCAUGUUCAGAAUGUGGGAAAUGUUUUAAUUAUAAAUCAGGUCUUGUUGUACAUCAAAGAACUCACACAGGAGAGAAGCCUUUUUCAUGUUCAGAGUGUGGGAAAUGUUUUGCUCAGAAAUCAGAUCUUGUUAAACAUCAAAGAACUCACACGGGGAAGCCAUUUCCAUGUUCAGAAUGUGUGAAAUGUUUUACUCAGAAAUCAGACCUUGUUUUACAUCAAAGAACUCACACAGGAGAGAAGCCAUUUUCAUGUUCAGAAUGUGGGAAAUGUUUUGCUCAGAAAUCAGACCUUGUUGUACAUAGAAAAACUCACUCAGGAGAGAAGCCAUUUUCUUGCGCAGAAUGUGGGAAAUGUUUUGCUCAGAAAUCAAUUCUUGUUAAACAUCAAAUAACUCACACAGGGGAUAAGCCAUUUUUAUGUUCAGAAUGUGGCAAAUGUUUUACUCGCAAAUCAGACCUUGUUGUACAUCGAAAAACUCACACAGGAGAGAAGCCUUUUUCAUGUUCUAACACAGGGGAAAACAUGAAGCAGAGCAAAAAAUUAUGCAAAUAACACAUCUAUAUAUUAACCAUGUACAUAGGAUAGUUGACAAUAAUGCAUACUUAUAUAUAUUUAUACAAUAUAUGCUUCAUCUCCAAACUUGAUAUAAUUUUUUAGGAAGUUCUCUAUAUUAUACACUGCUCAAAAAAAUUAAGGGAACACUAAGAUAACACAUCCUAGAUCUGAAUGAAUGAACUAAUCGUAUGAAAUACUUUCGUCUUUACAUAGUUGAAUGUGCUGACAACAAAAUCACACAAAAAUUAUCAAUGGAAAUCAAAUUUAUCAACCCAUGGAGGUCUGGAUAUGGAGUCACACUCAAAAUCACAGUGGAAAACCCCACUACAGGCUGAUCCAACUUUAUGUAAUGUCCUUAAUACAAGUCCCAUUGAGGCUCAGUAGUGUGUGUGGCCUCCACGUGCCCGUAUGACCUCCCUACAAUUCCUGGGCAUGCUCCUAAUGAGGUGGCGGAUGGUCUCCUGAGAGAUGUCCUCCCAGACCUGGACUAAAGCAUCCGCCAACUCCUGGACAGUCUGUGGUGGAUGGAGCGAGACGUCCCACAACUGCUCAAUCGGAUUCAGGGGAACGGGCGGCCAGUCCAUAGCAUCAAUGCCUUCCUCUUGUAGAUACUGCUGACACACUCCAGCCACAUGAGGUCUAGCAUUGUUUUGUAUUAGGAGGAACCCAGGGCCAACCGCACCAACAUAUGGUCUCACAAGGGGUCUGAGGAUCUCAUCUCGGUACUUAAUGGCAGUUAGGCUACCUCUGGCAAGCACAUGGAGGGCUGUGCAGCCCCCCAAAGAAAUGCCACCCCACACCAUUACUGACCCACUGCCAAACCGGUCAUGCUGGAGGAUGUUGCAGGCAGCAGAACAUUCUCCACGUCUGUCACAUGUGCUCAGUGUGGACCUGCUUUCAUCUGUGAAGAGCACAGGGCAUCAGUGGUGAAUUUGCCAAUCUUGUUCUCUGGCAAAUGCCAAACAUCCUGCACGGUGUUGGGCUGUAAGCACAACCCCCACCUGUGGACGUCAGGCCUUCAUACCACCCUUAUGUAUCUGUUUCUGACCGAUUGAGUCUUGCAUAUUUGUGGCCUGCUGGAGGUCUUUUUGCAGGGCUCUGGCAGUGCUCCUCCUUGCACAAAGGCGGAGGUAGCGGCCAUGCUUCUGGGUUGUUGCCCUCCUACGUCCUCCUCCACAUCUCCUGAUGUACUGGCCUGUCUCCUGGUAGCGCCUCCAUGCUCUGGACACUACGCUGACAGACACAACAAACUUCUUGCUACAGUUCGCAUUGAUGUGCCAUCCUGGAUGAGCUGCAAUACCUGAGCCACUAGUGUGGGUUGUAGUCGCCGUCUUAUGCUACCACUAUAGAGAAAGCACUUCCAGCAUUCAAAAGUGACCAAAACAUCAGCCAGGAAGCAUAGGAACUGAGAAGUGGUCUGUGGUCACCACCUGCAGAACCACUCCUUUAUUGGGGGUGCUAAUUGCCUAUAAUUUCCACCUGUUGUCUGUUCCAUUUGCACAACAGCACGUGAAAUUGAUUGUCAAUCAGUGUUGCUUCCUGAGUGGACAGUGUGAUUUCACAGAAGUGUCAUUGACUUGGAGUUACAUUGUGUUGUUUAAGUGUUCCCUUUAUUUUUUUGACUUAUAAUAAAUGUAAUAUUGUCCCUGACGUUGUAUAUAGGGAAUGUAACGCGUCAGUGUUGUCCCCGCCCCCUUCUCAUUAUGAUUAUAGAGACUUUAAUUCAAGGCAUCAGACAGGAUCCGCGCGUCUCCCUUGAAGAUCGUCUCUUCUGAACAUAAGACGCUGCAGAUACUUUUAUUUAUCACAAACCCUAGACGAGCGUUUCCCGUCUUGACGUCUAUUUUCGGUCUUAGAUCAUAAAAUCCAUUUUUCUAUAUGAGAAGUCGUCAAUAUCUCAGCGUCCCCCGGGUUCAGUAAACAUCGGUGUAAUUCUUUUCCUUUUCUUUGUCCUCCCCGGGGUAUAAAAUACCUAGAGAUCUGAUCACAUCUAAUACAAGAUCUCUUUACUUCACACUUUGCGCCAUUAUUACACGGAUUGAAGACCCAGUUACACGCUCGUAAAUUCCCAUAUAUGUCGUGGAUUGGAAGGAAAAAGGUUCUUAAAUCUUAUAUUUACCAAUAAUAUUUUAUAUUUUUACAGUCCGUCCCUAUCAUAGUACGGAAUUGUUAUUUUUCUUCUAUCCGAUGGUUAUUUAGUAAUUUUGUUAUGAUUCAGAAGAGACCACGUGUCCCGUAUAGACGCUCACCCUGAAGACAUUAGACGGCGGUUUUGUAUUUCCGGAUUUACACACUUAUUAUAAAGCUUUUCCUUCGUCUGGAUUAUUAGAGCUCGUUCACUCUUCUUUUUUUCAUCCUCCCCUUUAUAUUCGUCCUCAUGUGGAUAUGGAAUUCUCCUCAGUCCCU